AUGACUCUCAUUACAGAUCUUCCAUGUGAACUCAUCGCCUCCAUAUUACAGAGCCUCGACGAACUACGAUCGCUCACACCAGCUCUACUUACUUGCCGCCACAUAUACUUGUCAUAUCUGCAAAGCCCAAAAAUAGCGACCGCAAUCCUGCGCCAGAAAGUUACACCUGCCCUGUUACCGUAUUCAGUCGCUGCAUUAGAAGCCUUCAGUUUACCUAGAACACGCGACAGCGCCGCGAUUCAGGACGUACUCCACGCGCUGCAUAAUGAGCCGUCAAAACUUGCGGAUCGGGCGGUGUCUAUGCCGAUGAACUUGCUGAUGAGAAUGAGCCGCACACAUGAUGUGAGUCAAGCUCUCUCAUUCAAAUUUGCGAAUGAAGCCUGGAAUAGACUCCGUCUGGCCGAUAAAAGCUUGCCCACAAACCUACCAUUAUCGCCUACGGAGCGUUUCCGAUUUAAUAGGGCCUUUUAUCGCCUCCAGAUUUUUUAUGGCCUCUUUAGCACCAAAGCUUCUGGAGCCAAUGCGGCAUUUGAGGAAGAUAUAAACUCUUGGUUCUUUUUAAAGCACCCACUGUGGGAGAAUGAACAGCUUGAGUGUGUCCAUGACUUUCUUGAAGCAGAAAUCGCUAGAGCGAAGAAAAUUAUUUUAGACAACUAUGGGUUAGUUUAUAUCCUCCUAAGGGAACCAGCUCCACUCUUUAAACCAGUUACUAACAGCUAUUGGAAGCUCUCUCAGGGAAUUGAAUUCAUUUAUCACGUAAUUAAUACAGAUUCCUAUGAUGCCAGAAGAAACAUUCUCAAACUUUACUCCGAUAUCGGGGUAGCAAACUUUCCUGCCGCUUUGUCAAAUGUACUUGAGGCUUAUGAACACACCCAAAUCAUCAUAGGGUCCUCAUCAGAAAAUGAACUACUCUCCGAAAUGGCCCACCAAGAGAGUGUCGAGGACUCCGACAAAGGACCCUUUAGAUCUUGGUAUACGGCUCACAAAGGUGUCCCAUUAGGCGCUGGCUUGAUGCUACAAGAAAAUGAGUGGCUUCGGGAUUGCGCUUACGUUCUGUGGGACUGGAAUCGGGUGGAGAAACACCAGCUACUCAAGCUUUUCGAAGAACCGUCAGGUUCAAGACCGUCUCCUAAUGGAGAAAAGUUUGAUGAAAUGGUCCAAUCAUUUCGUGAGAGAUCAGAUAUUUGGCAAAAGGGAGGCUCUGGAUAUUGGAGCAAAGGUGAUACUAGUCGCAUUGUGUGGCCGCAUGAAAAUAGACCUGAUAGAGACAACACUAGCUACUGA